AAGCAACACCUGCAUUCGAGGGGCGGCCCCGUGGGUCAGCGUGCGGCAUGCCAUGCCACGCUCGGAUGGCAGAUCCAGUUUGGACCCUUUGGGCUUCCAGAGGCAUGGACUCGGAGGCGGCAGCCUUCCAUCGCCGCAUCGCGCGCAUGGACGAGCAGCUGCGACGGCUGCAGAACCACGACUUUCGGCCCCAGCUUCGAGGUUUGUCCUCCUCCCUGCCCGCCCCGCGGCAGCCGCUGACACGGCCCGGGGAGGACUGCAGCCUCCCUUUGCCCAGGAGGCUUCUGGACAGCCCCGGAUGUCGCUUGAGCGCCUCCUGGGCCGCCUCUCCUGUACGCAACGAGAGCCCGGAGCAGGCGGACAGCCCCCUGGCCACGCGCCUCGCGGACUCCGACGCCUUCCGGGCGCGGGAGCAGCAGUUGCUUAGCGAGCUGGCGGAGAGCCAAGCAGCGCUGGAGAAGAUGGCGAGCUUGGUGCACGACCGGGAGGAGCAGAUUCGGCGCUUGGCGGUCAGCUCGCCGCCUGAGCCCAGGCGAGAUCCCACGGCGGAGGCCAUCGGCGGCUCCUCCGCUGAGCAGACGGUCCGGGACCGCGCGCGGGUGGAGGUGCUGCGGGCCGAGCUCCAGGAGCGCGACCUCGAGGUCCGCAUGCUGCGGAGCUCCGAGAAGGCGGCGGAGCGCCGCGCGGCGGAGCAGAUGCGCGCGGCGCGCCUGGAGCUGGCGGAGACCCGCAGGCAGCAAGAGAUCUUGGGCCUGGAGAUCCGGGAAGCUGAGCUGCACCGGCAGCGCGCGGAGCGGGCGCCGCUGCAGCUGCUGCUGCAGCCGCCCGCGGACGCCUCGCCGGAAGAGAAGCGGGAGCGGCUGCGGGAGGCGGUGCAGGCGCUGAAGCAGCUGGUGCAGGAUCUUGCUCUCGAAGUGCCGCCCGAGCCGAGGGAGCCAAAGCCCGAAGAGAUCCACCGCAUGCCCUGCAUCCCGGAAGAAGAGAGCCCGGUGAGCGUGAGCCCCGUGAGCCCCGUGAGCCCUCCAUGCGGCUAGGGAUUCAAGGCAGGCGGCCUGCCCCGGUGCUUCAAGUGCAAAGCGCAUCUGCGUUCUUUGCAAUGGCCGCUGGCCGCUUUCAUUGACGAGCUGUGCUCUUCUCCGGUUUUUGGUUCCCA